ACUACUAAUGAAGGCCGAGUAAAUUCCUCUGAGUUCGAAUGUAGUUCGCGUAACACGUCCGAAGUUUUCGACAUCAACGAUUCUCGCUCUAAAACUGCGAAAUGCUCUCAUGUUAAACCCGAACCUGCUAGCAACUGAACCUUGCUUAAAUGUCAUUCACAACUGAACGCUUACGUCAGUCCGUUCUCAGAGAGUUUGGAAGGGUCUUCUCUCUGUUGCCAGGGCAGAAGAUUCUUCUUGUGGAUGCGCAGCUGUUGAAAGCAAUCGACCGUGUGGCCAACAUGUCCAUUUUAAGACAGUUGUCGGUCACGAAGGUGUUCAAAAUUGCUGAAAGUCCUCCGAAGGCGGACUAUGAGAGGAUUGCUUAUAUGGUCCCACCAGAGUUUAGCUCAUGCUUAUCGGUAAUUAAACAUUGUGAAGUGGAUCAAUCGAAUAAUAUCAAACGAACGAGAUUGAUAAUAUUUGUCCCCAAAGAGACUGUAGCAGUGACCUAUCUUUUGGAAUCUCGAGGUUUUCUUGGUCGACAUUUAUGUACCACAAGUUUAUCACUCAGUUGGAUUCAAUUAGAUACAGAUUUGUUAACAUUGAAUUUGCCGACGCUAUUUUCAGACUACUAUUUAUACAAAGAUUAUUGUUGGCCUCAUUAUAUGGGCAUGGAGUUGGGACGUUUGCUUAAAUUAACGAGUGAAAGUGAUUUAGCUCCCAUGGGUUGUCGAAUUCAUGCUUUCGGAGAGGCAUCCCAUGUGGUUGCUGCUGGUAUUCGUUUAUACUGUAUUCAGUCAGGCCUGGUCAGUUUGGAUAGGAAGGUUUCAACUGUUAAUGGUACCCAGUCAAAUUAUCGAAGUAAUGUAUCUGUUUCUGAUGAAAGUGUCUUAACUCCUACCAGCUCAUUAAAAAUUCUGGGCUCACAAUCAUCAUCUACGUCAUUGUCAACUACAUCUGCACGUCCACCACCUUUGGUUCUUGUAUUCAGUCGUGAUCUGGAUUACGUAACUCCCCUUUUGGUUCCAAUGACAUUUGAAGCUCUGAUUCACGAAGUUGUUGGGAUAGAAUUAGGUCAAGUUGAAUUACCUCCAGAAUGUGCUGAUGAAUCGACCCCACAGAAACAAAUUCUUGAUAGCACAAAACUACACUACUACAAAGAUAUUAGAGAUGUCCAUAUAUCUCGUGUUCAUUCAUUACUUCUGGAUUGGCGUGGUAAACUUCAAGAUUCACGUGGUGAUUUAGAAAUGCAAUUGGUUAGUCAAAAAUCUGUUGUUCAGCAUAAACAGCAUUCUAAUUCAAACUCAAUUCAGACUACUAGUACUAUUAAUAACACCUGUAAUUUGCGGAAUAUUAGUACACGUCUAGGUUCAUUUUUAGCUAAAAGACGUGAAUUGUCAUUUCUGUUAGCAUGUUUAGAACAAGUAUUAUGUGCAAUGACAAUUAAAGAACGUGUGGAAGAUCUACGUACAGCACAAAGUUUAUUAUUACAAUCCGGUAGCGGGGGAUCUCUUGCAAUUGGUCAAGUUGGAAUUCCCUCUAUUGAUGAUGAAAAUGAUGAUGGUGACUCUAAUGCUCCUGAUCGUAACCGAAAAUUUACUCCAGUUUCAAUUGGUGGUUCAUGUGGUAAUUUAGCAGAUGUUUUAAAUUCCUUACCUAUGCGUUUAGCUAUCGAAUGGUUGACUACACACCAUGGUGAUCAUCUAAUUGAUGGGCUCCGUCUGGUUGCAUUGAAUUGUGUUUUACAUGAUGGCUUAGGUGAUGAAUUAUACGAGGUAAUGAGUCGCGCCAUAAUACAUGCUGCUGGUCAAAUCACCUUCCCUAUGCUUGAAGCGUUAUCCUCACUUGGGUUAUUAUAUCCCCGUUCUAAACUCCCGGAAAUAUCAUCUGCAAAAAAAUCUGUUACAAACAAUCAUCCAACUGACCCACAAUCAAGCAUUUUUGUGGCGCAAACAAAUAACCUAACAAAAAAGUCCAGUCAUGCACUAACUCAUACUGUUGCCAAGCUAAAAUUAACACAACGUCAAAAAUCUCGUUACAAUUAUCUACAUCAUUUGUUACAAUUGAGCAAUUGGAAUCAGGCCAAUCGACAUGUUGAUCGUACGGUUAUUUCACCUACAUAUGUUUAUUCUGGUCAACAUUGUCCCUUAGUUGUUCGGCUUUUAGAGUCUGUUUGGUCAGCUGGUCUUCUAGAUUCUAAAUUUCAAUCUGUUAAAUCAAACUCUUCUUCUGCUGAGCAAAAUCAUUCAGACUUUGAACUAAUUGCCCAGCCACAAUUAAUCGAAGCACUUAAACGAAUGGGUCUUCCAUCUGAAGUUGCUUCAAAUCUGGGUCUCGUUAAUCUCUGUGAUCCAACAUUAACAGCUGCAGGAUAUCAGCAUGAUAUAUUUUUUAAGAAUAACCGUCCAAAUGCCCCAGCUCCACAUCCUUUACCUCUCAUAAGCACUGAUCAACCUAUUGUCGUAGCAUUUCCUGGCGGUUGUACAUAUGGUGAAGUUGCAGCUCUUAGAUUUGUUGCUAAACGGAGAAGAUGGAAUCUACUUAUUGCUACAUCGUGUAUUCUUACAUCACGAGACUUAUUACAGCAAGCUGGAAAAGCAGCAAUGAAUGUGAACUCUCUAUAGAUUUUAAAAUUUCUUGACCGACAUUCUUUCAAUUGUCUCUUCAAAUUUUUGAUGUCGGAAUCUCCACUCUCAGGUUCUUUAUGUUUGCCUAAACUUGAACGUUUUCAGUUUUAUUGUUAUUUGUUCUCAUCAAAUAAGGAAUAUAUUUUUGUCCUAUAGGUUUCUUGUAUAAAAACUAAUUUUUUUUGUUAAAUAUGCGAUUUUGUAUAAAACUAACGUUUUUCAACAAUAAAAGCUCACUCCUUUCUGUUAUCAGUGCUAUUCAAUGAAUGCAUUUUUAUUAUUUCUUUUUACAAUAUUUCCCAUACUAUUUUUGUUUGGUUUUUCACAAAUAAUUUUUGCUUUUUAGUAAUUUUCAUUCUUUCACUAAAUUAUAUUUUUCUGUAAUGCAGUCUUGUUAAAUACUCUAUUCAUUUCACUCAGAUAACACCUUUUUUCGUUAAUUUAUCAGGUUUAGAUUCUAUAGCGUAUGUGUUAGUAAUUGCACAUUUAGAUGUUCAUGACAUACUGUUUUUCCUUCAAAUGAGUUCCAUUAACCCGUCAGAUUCUGUAAUGAUUUAAGUGGAGUUUAGAAAUGCCUGAUAUUUCUCGAUUUUAACUUUUAGCUUUACCUUAUUAGAUAUAAAUUCAUUACAACUGAUGUUGAAUUGUCAUGAUAAAAAUGCUUGUUGGUCGAAGUCACCAUAUCAUUACAAGAAAAUUAAAACAGAUUAUUUGUAAUGUCAACUAAUUCAAAGGUUUCUUACUAAGAAUAUAUAUGGACUUGAUUUCA